AUGGAGCUAGACACUACUGAACUUGAACCUGUUGAGCCAGAACUUGUUAAGCUUGAACCUAUCGAGCUGGAAACUAUCGGACUGGAGCCUAUAGAGCUUGAACUUGUUAAGCUUGAGUUUAUCGGGCUUGAACCUGUUGGGCUUGAACCUGUUGAGCCAGAACUUGUUAAGCUUGAACUUAUGGAACUGGAAACUAUCGGACUGGAGCCUAUAGAGCUUGAACUUGUUAAGCUUGAGUUUGUCGGGCUUGAACUUGUUGAGCUAGGACUUAUGGAACUGGAAACUAUCGGACUGGAGCCUAUAGAGCUUGAACUUGUUAAGCUUGAGUUUAUUGGGCUUGAACCUGUUGAGCUAGAACCUGUUGAGCUAGGACUUAUGGAACUGGAAACUAUCGGACUGGAGCCUAUAGAGCUUGAACUUGUUAAGCUUGAAUUUAUUGGGCUUGAACCUGUUGAGCCAGAACUUGUAAAGCUUGAACUUAUGGAACUGGAAACUAUCCGACUUGAGCCUAUAGAGCUUGAACUUGCUGGGCUUGUUUCACGAGUUGUUGUAACUCCGGAUACAUUUUGUGAUGAUGUCAUUACGGAACUUGUGUUGUUGAUUAGAAGUCAUUCAUAA